CUUGACGGCUCGUAGACGGAUUAAACACUAUAAUUCCCGUGGAUUUACUCUCGAUGUGGCUCACGUAUGUGGAUGCUGAUAGUAAAAACUGAUAGUGGUACUCUCUGUGAAGAAGUACCAUGGAAAAGUUGGGGGCCAAGGGCAAGGAUAAGAAGCCCCCUCUCAAAGACACCAAAGACAAUGCAGCACAUUCCAAGGAACCAAUAGUCCCCGGUUCUAAUCCCACCAAUGCCUCAGGAGGAGUUCAAAUGCCCCUGGAGGACAAGCGCAAGCUCUUCCAAGAAAAAGUCCGCCUUAGCAAUGAGGCCUGCCAGAAUUCAGAUUUUGAGCGAGCCAUUCGACUGUACACCGAAGCGUUGGUCUUGGAUCCCGCCAAUCAUAUUUUGUACAGCAAUAGAUCGGCUGCCCAUAUUAAGCUGAGACAGUACGAGAAAGCGUUACACGAUGCUACGAAAGCGAGAGAGCUCAACGACAAAUGGUCCAAGAUAUGUGGAUACAGCAAACGUGCAUCGAUGGCUGCUCCCCGUAAUCAUCCUAAAACCUUAGAACUGACUCUGCGGUAG